AUGCACUCCUUUUACUACGUUCUUUACUCUGUGGUGGCUUUCAACUGGUUGAAAGUCGCUGCCUUUCCGAUAUCGGUACUCCUCGAGCCCCUACCAAGGGCUAUCACGGGAAUUGACCAGUCGACCUUUGAUGACCUUGUGCGAUACACGAAGUACUCCUCAGCGGCGUACCAGAACAAUUGUGUCAGACCUCUCUCUAACACUUUGGUGCAAGAGUUCUCGAAAGGCGGAACCCAGGCGUUGAUAGCGCGCGACGAUGCUCGAAAAGAGAUCGUUCUUGCCUUCCGCGGUACUCAGAGCGUGCUUGACGGCAUUAAAGACGCCCUCAUCAUCCGCAAAUCUUUAUCUAAAGUGUCUGGCCUCACCGACAUCGGUGGAGCGACAGCCCACACUGGGUUCAUGUCGGCCUACAACGUCGUGGCCGCGGACGUCCUCAAAGCUAUAAAAGCUCAAGUUGCUGCACGCCCAACCUGCACAGUCGUUGUCACCGGCCACUCGCUGGGUGGUGCCGUGGCGACUUUCGCCGCCAUCGUGAUAAAGUCAGCACUGCCCAAUGCCAAAGUCAAACUCUACACGUACGGUCAGCCGAAAGUUGGUAAUGGCGACUUUGCGGCGUACGUCGAGAGGAAGCUCGGUGUCAACAACAUCUUCCGAGUUGUGCACACGAAUGAUGGCGUGUCACUCAUCCUAGUCAGGCUGACGGGCUAUCGUCAUUUUGGCACGGAAUAUUGGAACUUCAAGGACCCAGCUACGCCUGCCAACAUGAAGAAAUGUGUUGGAGGCGAAGACUCUACUUGCAGCCGUUCCGAACGCCCCUCCAUAAUUUUUAUCAACGAAGCUCACAAGACCUACUUCGGCAUAAACGUGGCAUCAACCAGUAAUCGCUUUUGCGUGGCUUGA